AUGGAGGACUCUCAGCCUCGGAGGUCAGAGGGGAGGAUGCAGAAUGGCCACUGCAGGUGGAGUGCUGAAAUUCUGGAGACCAAGGUCGUGGAAGAUUUCAGGCGAAGGCUCAAAUACUUUUUCAUGAACCCCUGUGAGAAAUACAGAGCCAGGGGUCGCAAACCAUGGAAGCUGGUGUUGCAAAUAGUGAAAAUUGCUAUUAUCACAAUCCAGUUAGUGUCUUUCGGCCUGAGCAACGAGAUGAUGGUCACGUUCAAAGAUGAGAAUCUCAUGGCCUUCAGACAUCUGUUCCUCAAAGGAUACAAAGAUCCCCGGCUUGGAGGCUACGCACUUUACACAAAAGCAGACGUUUAUGAUCACAUCUACUACGUCAUCAACCGGUAUAUCCGUCUCCAAAACCUGACAGUAGGUAAUCUUGCAUAUGAGAGGGUUGACGGGGAGAACACUCCUCUGUCUCUCUGUCAAGAAUUUUACAGAAACAGCAGCAUUGAUCCUGGAAAUGAGACCUUCGACAUUGAUCCACAUAUUGAUAAAGACUGUACGUCCAUUUACCCCGAGCAGACGCUUGACAACAGCAGUUCGCUCACACACUUCAACUUCUCCUUGGACUUCAAAAGGCUGUUAUCAGUGAACAUCUACCUCACGCUGAAAACCAUCAAUCUGCAGACUGUGCGGCACCAUGAGCUACCAGACUGUUAUGACUUCUAUAUAAUGAUCAUGUUUGACAACCAUGCACACAGUGGAAAGAUAAUGGUGACUGUUGAAUACGAUGUCAGAAUUUAUGAAUGCAGAGACUGGAACGUUGAGGGCACUUCUGGGAAGUACGAUUAUCUCCUCCUCUGGUUUGACUCUGUGGUCAUCCUUGCCUGCCUCACCUCUCUCAUCCUCUGCAUCAGGUCUGUCAUCAAGGGCAUCCAACUCCAGAUUGAGUUCAAUGCAUUCUUCCAAGCACACUACAAUAAAACUGUCACCUGGUCGGACCGCAUGGAGUUCGUGAAUGGUUGGUAUAUCCUCAUCAUUGUCAGCGACACAUUGUCCAUCGCUGGGUCAGCGCUCAAAAUUGGAAUACAGACAAAGUUCCUGACAAACUAUGAUGUGUGCAGUAUCCUGCUGGGAACUGCCACAAUGCUUGUCUGGGUCGGUGUGAUUCGUUACCUUGGUUUCUUUAGGAAAUACAAUAUCUUAAUCUUAACCCUGAGAGCAGCGUUCCCAAAUGUGAUCCGAUUCUGCUGCUGUGCAGCCAUGAUCUACCUGGGCUACUGCUUCUGUGGUUGGAUUGUGCUCGGGCCUUACCAUGACAAGUUCCGGACACUCGACAGGGUUACAGAGUGCCUCUUCUCCCUUAUCAAUGGGGACGACAUGUAUGCCACCUUCCUGAGGAUGCGAGGCAAGAGCUACAUGGUAUGGCUUUUCAGCAGACUCUACCUCUAUUCCUUCAUCUCACUCUUCAUCUACAUGGUGCUCAGCCUGUUCAUCGCUCUCAUCAAUGACACCUACGAGACCAUCAAGCAUCACCAGCAGGACAAGGUGCCAGUGUCCCAGCUUCAGGCCUUCAUAGCCGAGUGCAGGGACCAUCCUGAGUCUGGAAGGUACCAAACUGAUGAGGAGCCAGCGUCCAGCUGCUGCAUGUCUCCGUUCUGCUGCUUCGGAUGAAGUGAUGGGAUGUGGCAUGUGCCUUAGACGGGUGUUGGCCAAGAGUACAGAAGAGUAUCCGGACCAGGUAUAAGGGGGAAAAACUAAAGGAGGAAGACUUUUCCUUUUGCAUUUUGAGAAUAAAGUGGAAGUGUUGAGAAUAAAGUCAGCUUCAUUGGUCCUUCAAAUCCAGUAAUAGGAGCGAUUAACAGCAGAAACUACAUUAAAGCUUCAAACUAAUAGCAGUAUUUUGUUGUUGAUUGUGUAAUGAUUGA